GUUAAAGUUUACUGGAAACAAAGAGUGAAUAAGAAUAAAGAAUAAUUUAAUUAAUUAAAAUUUAAAAUAAAAAAUAAAAUAAAGAAACAAAGAAAGAAAAGAAAUGAUCAACGAGCGACACAAGCGAUCCCUGCGGAAUCUACCCGAACUAUUAGUAACCAGUUGGUGAAGCACAACCUGGCUUUGUACGUUUCGUAAUUCGUAUCCUUGGGUUUCUAGCUGCGCAAAUUAUCAGUUUGUGUUUUCUACUUUCGCAUUUAUGGCCGUUCUCGUGUGAAUUAAUUAUUUUAUGAACGUUUUAUGAUUCUUGCGAUGAUUUAUUAUUCGAUUCGUGUAUAAUUCGUCGUGCUAGUCAAUAGUGGAUUCGUUUCGAAGAUCUUUAGACGGUUUGCUGAUGCUGUGAAGACGUCCGAACAACCUGCUGAAAAUUUAUCCAGAACGUUGGUUUGGAUCGAAAAUUGUCUCUUAAUCAAGAAUCGAAAAUGGCUGAAAUCAAUUCUGACGUGUUCGAUAUUUUUCAUCCGACUCCAGUCCCCCUCAGAGAGUUAUCAGCGAUCGUCAUUAGCCUAGAAAUAUGGCGCUGCGAAAUAAUUAAAUACCGUUCGAGCGGUUCGUUGAAGGACUUACGUCCAUCUGAUCGCAGUAUCUCAUCGAAAACCAUGAUUCCCGAUUUGCCAUCUACGAUUUAUCCGAUGAUAGAUACCUAUGUUAAAAGAUUUGGCCUUUCAAUGAAUUACUGGCUAUGGAAACAUCAUGGAACAAUAUUUCGUUAUCACUACGAUAAUCAAUACUCUGUUUUGGAAUACUUCGAGGAUUUUGUAUGCGAAUACAACGGAACCAUUGAUUACGAGAAGACUGCCAAACGCAUGAUGCAUUGUGAUCGAUUUGAUGUCCAUCAAAAGUUUCUAAUUGCGUGUACGUACUGUUUUGAAGACGAUAUGAUACGAAUUUGGCCGCUUGGAUUGAAAAAGACGGACUCGCUGUGUGAAAGAUAUUUUAAAGAUAAUCCGCACUUCGCAAAUUGGAUUGAUUUUCUCGAAAACCAUAUCAAGAUACCCGAGCCUCCUAUGGAAGAAUGGGGGUUGGAUGAUUUCAUGCCUCACAGUAGAUCAUCGUUGGAAUAUUUUUGGAAUCUUACUCCAUCAGAAAAUCGUUUGUCGAUAGCUAUCGAUCUUUGUAGGUAUGAUUUAGCAUUGUUGGUUCGAUUCAUUUUCCCAAAAUUGGACGUUCAACAGCUUGAUGAAUUUCUUCGUACAAAUGGUUGUGUAUUGUUAUACGCUUUGUUGAAAAGGUCAUGGUAUGAUGAAGAAGCCGUUCUAUCAUCAUGGGUUUGUGUUAAAAACAUGAUAAACGAGGUAGCUUUCACAAAUCUGACUAUGAAAAUUAUGCAAAGCGAGUUUAGGGGGUACUGCGAUGAAGCAUCCGAAUUGCAUUAUGGUGACGGUGGUUGGUGUAUGUACGAUGAUGAUGAUGAUUUUCGCGGUAUUGAUGCUGUUGUUCAAUUAUGUAUUGAAAUCUGGAACACUGCUGCGGAAAAUUUGAAACGUUCGGCUGUUAGAGACAUUACAUCGAAUAAUAGUUUAUUUAAAGACAUAUUUACCUGGCUAGAUCCCCCACUGGUCACGGGUGAAUUGAAGUUCUCAUUGGCUGUUCUUUCUUACGCCACCUACGAGCAAAGGAACGCUUUCUGGCAUUAUUGCUGGCGAGAUUUGAUAAUGGAAGCAUGGGGCGAAGAUUUACAUGAAAUAAUGCGGCUAUGUUUACCAAACGAAGAUGAGAUAACUCAAUUCAAGGAAAACAUCGUAGCCAAUGACGAAAAUAUACUUUCGACUCUUAGAUUCUCGCUAGCCGAAUCUAGUUUCUACGAAGUGAACGGUUUGGCGAGAUUUUUAUUUCCAGAUAUACAAGCAGCGAUAAAUUUUAAACGUAGAAUAGGCUAUUACGAUUAUGCAUUCAUCGACGAUGCUUAUGACAGUUAUGACGAUGUCGAUUAGUAGAUUUGUAGACUUUAAAAAUUAGCUUAUGUCGUCACCUUUAGUCUAAAAUGUGUAUCAGCUAUGUUUUAUUUGUACCUUAGCACAGCGUAUUGAAUUUAUUGACGCUUUUGUUUCGACUGAACGAAUUCGGGGCAAGGUGUCUAACAGUCCUUAUUCAAAUCCAGAAGGUCAGGAAAAAUUGUAUUUUUGCCUGUAGCAGUUUCCAUUCAAAAAAAGUUGGGAAAAAGUCUUCCUGUUUGCCCGAAUGCCCCCAUUUUUUCUGAAUUUUGAAAUAAUUCUGUCAUUUAAUCAUAACUGAGCGAAAAAUGUACACUCAAUUUUUCAGAAUCUUUCAUUUUUUUAAACGUCAAUUUAGGUAAUUAAAUGAUAAUGGCAAAAAAUUUAAUAUUUUUUUUCCCAUUGUUAGAUGUAUUUCCUUGAUUAUUUUUUUCUUUCUCUUAAACAUUGUAUAUUUUUGAAGUUUUUUUUUUGACAAUAUUGUGACAACGAAUGUGGUGAUGAGGAGGGGGGAGGGGUUUGAGUACAUUUUCAAUUUUGGGUCCUUCCGAGGUCCUUCUUUUUAGUUUUAAGAUUUCAAUAGACACCCUGUGUGAGGUGAAAACUCGUAUAAUUAAUUUUUUAAAGAAUGCAGCAAUCGAUUAUGAAUCUAUGGUAGGUAUCGAAAUCUUCGUUCAUCGCUAUUUUAUUAAUAUUAUGGUGUUUGGAAAGUACUGAGGAAGUUUCAAAAUUUGAGCUGAGCUAUGCUUAAGUAUGUUCUAGUUUUUAUGGAAUAAUCUAAAAAUCACAUCUAGUUUGUAUAGUUGAACGAUUUUUUUCGUAAAAUUCGUAUUCUAGGAUGAUCUUGUCAAGCCAGAUUUUUACAUUCUGAUUAUCUCUUGAUUGUUGGUUUGUUUGUUUUUUUACUUUUUCAUUUGAUAAGUUUAUUUCAAUCUUGUGUAAAAAAAUUCCAUAUGUUAUAAUUAUUAUGUUUCAAUCAUGCAAAUCGAUUAUUAAAUUACGUACAAACAACGA